AUGACAAGUGCUGCCGCACUCCGACCCCCUGUGACACUGCUGUGGGAUGCCAGGGUCAGUUGCUCCACACAGGAGAAGGGGAAGCAAGACGGUAGUUCGCCGGUGUUGGAUUCGGAGCCCCAUAUUAUCUCGCUGGGUGAGCUAGAUGUGCUCAGCUGCAGCGAUGAGGAAUUAGAACUUCACCUUAAUGGCAUCAGGGAUCUUGUACAAAGCAGACCGGACUCAUGGCUGAAAAAGAAAGGUGGAAAGGGAUUCUCAAAAAGGCAAUUGGCCCUCAUACAGGAUGAGUUAGUGCACUACCAGGGGGUGCUGAAGCAAGCAAAUGAAAUACUUAGUUGGCUACUCUGUCGGCUUAACGACCGCAUAAGUGUGCUGCGCCGUGAUGAGUCCAUGUUGCGCGAGUAUUACGAGAGCCUCGAACGUGGAACGGGAAUUGAUGAGGAUUACAACAUGCACAAGAAAGACAAAUUUCACCGGAGAUUGCGGGAGUCAAAGCGGAGGGCGCCCAUCAAACGAUAUUCGAAGGAGCUAGAAUUUUUGACUUCGCGCCACACGCAGUUAGUGCAGCUGUUGACCACAGUCGAGUCAGAAGAACGCGCUUACAAUGUGCGCGGGGCGGACGAGGACACCAGCCGGCGAAGUAAAUUGUUGAGCCCCGAAGAUACGAAAAUUGAGGAAAUAUAUAGGGACGCCGCCGCCGCUGGUGGGGGUAAAGCAGUUACACUAAUGCGCAUGCGUGCACUGCAACCACUGAUCAGAAAAGAACAGGAACUUCGCUUUGUGCCACCGCUCUUAGCGUCAGAUGUCCACUCACGUUUACGGAAGGAAAUUAUACUACCCUUCUCCGUCCGCGUACUGGCGCUAAAAAUUGAAAAGGGUAAUAUCAUUGGUGACAAAUUUGUCCAGUGGUAUAUUAACACAGUGGUGGAUCCCCUGACAAUGGCCCAAUUAGUAGAGCUUGUGCCGCGCGAGCACCUCGUGACAACUACAGUCCGGCUCGCGAAGGUCUGCGAUGCGUACCCGCAGUCGCGGCGUGCCCAACCCCUUCCGGAUAUAUCACACGUCGUUUUGGAGUCCGUUUCUGAAGGUCGUAUUGAUGCCUUUGCGUCGCUCGUUCUUUCCACCUCAGCGACGUGCACGCGCGCUCUUCGGGACAAGGAUGAAGAAGCCAUUAUUCUUUUCUCUGCUGUAAUAACCGCGCAGGUGGAAGUUAUACGGCGUAUUAUAUCAGUUGGGUUCUACAACACUAAUGCCCUCAAUGUCUGGCUAUUCUUAAAUCCCAACAACAAGUGUAACUACUAUAAGACGUACGUACACGAAACAACGAACAAUGUAAAGAAAUAUCUAAGCUCGCUGUCACGCAGCAGUCGUGAUCACCUAAGUACGGAGGGCGCAGAAGAAGAUGUUAUCGAAAUGGCACAAAUCACCCUGACACAAAAAUGGGAGGAGUGGGACAGCUCGCUUCUCACCGGCGGGUUGGGCGCCAGUCUGCGACACUUCUUAAAUAACCGCCUCCUAUGGAAAAGGAAUACAUCAACCCCAAAACCUCGCAGCAGUGCAAGUAGAGGAGGGAGGGACAGUGCAGCAGAGGGGUGGGAAAAGGGGCACGGGAUGGACGUCAGUCUCAGCGUCAGUUUUACUCCCUCCCUUCUGAACAAACUUACUUCCGGGGACCCAACGUUCUCGUCACUGCUUUCGAGAAGGAAAUUUGAUCGCCUGCCGAUGUCCGCCCCAAAGUGCGCCGUUCUCCCUGCUACCAGCACACCGAUGUUACGUCGUGUAGAUCCGUGGGGUUACACACCUCUUGAGACAACUGGAGCACAUCUGCUGCUUGUUGGGGACACGUCUACAGUCAAUGCGCACGUGGUGCGGCUCCCAGCACGGCGGAUGACCAAGUGGAAUGAGCACGUCCCUAACGAGCCACAGGAUGUGCGGAUGCAACGAGAUCAAAUGCAAACUUUAAUAGACUCACAUGGCACUCGGUUUUACUAUGAAGUGCACAUCUCGUUAUUCUUCUUGAUUAACGAUGUGCCCCUGAGCCCUUCACCGUUUGAGUACACAGCCGCAGCCUCGGAAAAUGCGACAAGUGAAGGUCUACCUUCUCAACAGCGGUGUACGGCUUACGUUGGUUGGUGUUCUGAGGAGUGCGUGGCGGCUGCUGACGGUUACUCCUCAAACCAGCCGCUUGGCAGUGACACCUCUUCUAUAGGUAUCUCGUUCGACGUCGUACACAGACAUAGGUUGGACGAGCUCACAGAGGAAGUUAUUCUGCGACCCAUGAAACACGCAGUGGGGUGCACCAACACCAUCGAGGUAGCUAAUGAUGGUGGAGAAAUGCAAUCGGUUUCAUUGAUUCGGAUGUACUUUCAAAGCUGGAACCGGACUCCCGAUGGCGCGGAUGAGAAUGGUUCUGUAUCGGAUGAUGCCAUCUCCUUCGGAGAGAGCAGAACAUCGUGGGUGUAUUCCGGAUUAGGAACCUUCAGUUCCGAAGGCUUUUCCUUGGAAAAACCCCGACAGCCAAGUGAGACCGUCGUCCCUUUUGUGAAAUUAGUCGGAGAAGGAAAUGAAGAGAGCGCGACCGAAGAGGACGAUUCUGACGACAUACCUCGUGUAAUUCGCAAUGUCUUUAGGUUGGCAGGUGUACCGGUAUACAAGUCGCAAUCAAUUGUUAUUGGGUGCCACGUUGACAUGACAACACGAUCAGCAUCCUACACUGUUAAUGGGGUAAGUCUUGGGACAGUUUUCACAGCACUUCCUUCAGCAACAGGACUCCGACCAGCGGUGAGCUUGCAGGUUUCCGAGGAAAUGAAGUCGAUCCUCCAAGGUGUGAAUCAGAGUGAUUCCACGGUCGUCCGUUUCGUUUUUGACAGACACUUACUACUUUCGCACCACAUGGAGUUGUUGGAACCUGGCGCAGUAGAAAUCGAGUCGACCACCCGCAGCAGCUCGUUGCAGGAUAUUAAACCCCUGGGGGGCUCAGAAGAGGUUGAAUUAAUCCCGGGAAUGGGCAUUACCAAAGAUGCGCUAUUAUUCGACGGAGAUAUGAUGCAGUGCGCGAUGGUAAGACUUCUAACGGGAGCAGAAAGGGGUUCGUGCAGUGACGCCUUUGACGACGAAGAACUGAUGAAAGGUGGUAGGGAAAGCAUAUCGCUUGGGACAGCGCUGAGAGUGAGGACUUCGUCGAUACGGGCACUACUCAACAACCCGACGCCCAAUGAAGACCUCCUGUUCUUUCCUCCAGUACUGUUAAGGCGCCGCAGUGACGAAUCAGAAAAAGUAGCGAGUGGUAUAACAAUCAUCCCUGAAGAUGCGAUGUUAGCCCCACUGUGUGCCGCGCUUGCCAUGCGACAACGCAUCGCCGCCUAUCAGAUCGUCAUCCACCCGUUGUUGGACUUUGAAACGAGUAAUCACAUAAUGUUGCAACAACGGCGCAUGGCAGUACUUGCAUGUUCAACACUGGGAUACGAAGAGGUGUUGUAUGUUCUUCUCCAACGAAUGGCAAUACAUGAGGUGGUCGCCCUGUUUUCAAUCAAAGCACCGGCGGCUCCGCAAGAUUCGCAGCCGAAGUUAAAUAGACGCUUUGCCAUAAUACCCGCUAAUAGCGCCAACAAAAUAACGUCCGCAAGCACAUUACAAUACUUCCAUUAUACACCACUUCACUGCGCACUUCUCGAGGGACAUACCAACUGCGCACAUCUGUUGCUUUUUUACCUCAACCGCGCGCUUGGCAAAGAGUACUUGCGGCAUGCCCUUAACGUCUUUUCUCGCGGUGGUGAAACGGCACUGGUGAUUUCCUCUCGCGUCGGCUACACCGACAUCGCAAAGCGGCUGCUUGCAUUGGGUGCCUCGCCAUUCUUGUUCGAUCGCGUCACGAGAUCAAAUUGUCUAGAGCUCGCCUGCGCGGGCGGUAGUGAAGAGAUUGCGUUAGCGCUUUUGGACACCCCAGACUUCCACUCACCCGUUGCGGUCAAUCAAGCCGGCUCAGCCCCUCCACUUUGCUGGUGUGCACUGAAAAACAUCAGUGCCCUGGUGCGUCCGCUGCUUGAAAACGGUGCUGACCCCAAUGUUACACUAGAUGGACCAACACCUCUUUUUUUGGCUGUAAUGUUCGAGAGUCAGGAAGUGGCAUUGGAGCUUCUUCGGUAUUGUGAAUCAACAGCGAACAAAACCGCGCCAAGUGCGAAUGCUUACCGGGCUGCGUUGCGAAAGCGCUUUGGUGCACCCACUGCACGGCGCCCAGGCGGGGAGGAGCUGGGUGAUGAAGGUCCUCUGGCAAUGCUGGAUGUGGAUGCGAUGGACCCCCGAACCCAAUGCACCGCUUUGCACUUGGCUUGCGAGAAUGGACAGUUGGCGGUGGUGCGUGCCCUCAUUGCAGGGGGUGCGCAGUUGAAUGUACAGAACAAAGCAAGCUUCGCAACUCCGUUACACUUAGCGGUCGAGAGUGGUCACGAAAAGGUUGCACUCGAUAUAGUUGAGUACGCGAAGAACAAGCUGCGACGGGGUCAUGAGGUAUUGGAUAUUAACGCCAUUGACAAAUCGGGGGAUACGGUUCUACACGCCGCAGCGCGGAAGGGAAUGCUCUCUGUCAUCGAGUAUAUUAUGUCUCAGUUCAGUGAGGAGGAGGUGGCUCGAAUCCACAAAAACCAUGAUUUCUCGAAGCGCCCCAGUCCUGCAAAUGUCCUGGCAGUCAACCGCCAGGGACACACACCACUUCUCGCGGCCAUCCACGCGCAUCAGGAAGAGGCCGCACAACUUAUUGCAUCGCUUGUGCCCGAUUACUUGGCAAACCCCGGAGGUGCUAUUGUGAGUGGGACGUGUGUGGCGAUCUCAGAAAGUGACGUAGAGGGACUCGAUAACGUGACACUAUUUCUUCUUUCCUCACCCAAUUAUGUUGCAACGGAAGACUUUCGAAAAAGAUUCUUUGAUCAUUACAAUGCGAAACGUGCGGAGAUGGAUUUAAGUGAAGACUAUCCCAAUUCGGAGGAAGUCCGAAGGCCACGUGUGGCUCUCCAUGUCAAUAAACGUCACAGCAAGAGGCGUGGUCGCCGUGUUCGUGUUGUGCCCUCCUUCAGGAAGCAGAGAAUGUCUUUCCGGCUCAGCAUAUCCAGCAUGUAUGGCGUAGGAAGGAGUCGUGGCUCAACAAGCGCCGUCGCAAGGGACGUCAGGACCGAAGACUCGCGUUCCAGGUGGGUUGUGGCAAAUGAGCAUUUAGCCCGUUCGAAGAUGACCCGAAUAGCACCAAGACGGUGCAGUAUGUUUGUGAGAAUGUUGCUUGCAAAGGGAUAUCGGAACCCCACCACGCGGAAGACUAUACAGUUUCUGAAGCAAGGGUUUGCCAUUGACGAACUGUAUGCCAUGCUAGAUGUAAUCUCGUUUGAGACCCUACGGAAAGCACAGAGUCACUGGUCAAUGCAAUACACAGACUCCAUUAUCAGCUUUCUUCACAUGUUUGGGGGCGUGCACGUCGCUCCGAUCGAUGCAGUUCUUUUUAUCAGAAAACUGUUCUACUCUCAUGAGUUGACGGAGAACGUGGACAAGGAGCAGGUUGAAGAGUCAAAGCAAAAGCUCAUGAACAUGCGGCCCCUGUGCCGCGACCUUGUAAACAUGGUUCGAACCCGUGGAACUCUUACAGAUUGCGUGGAGGACAUGCGUCAAAUGGUUUUGCAGUCUGGUCUUAGUGGUGACAAACUCACAGAGGAACUUACGUCACCAUUUGGUUACACUGUGCUUCAGUUAGCCGCAACAUUGUCAUUGGCCAACGUCUGUACUUACCUCAUUAAUGAAUGCCACAUGAGUCCACUAUUUGUUCCCGCUGGCCACUCAGACGAAAGCACAUCCAAUGCUACAACAACCCGGGCACGGAGUGACGACGAAGACAGCGAGCAGAAAUGGCUUCUGUCACCCUUUCGACUUGCUGUACGCACCCUUAACAUAGAGGUGAUAACCGCCUUUCUUGCUUGUGAUUACAACUCUUUUAGCAUACAUGACAUGCUGGACCAUAAAGAACUACCGAUUGCCGACCCAUUUCAGAGAACGGCGAUCCAGGAACUUCUGUCCAAGCCAACGGAUACACUCUCCGAUGAAGCAAUUGGGUCCAUCGUUACCGUUUUGAGGCUCCUUCUGAGGCAUGGGGUGUCCGUGCAGGGUAAUUUUGACGCCCUAGGGAAUGAUGCGUGGAUGAUGGCUGUUUGUUCGUCCCCAGGGAAGGGUAUCGCCUUGCAAGUCUUUCUGGAGGAGCAUGUGGAACUGGGCGAAGAGGAUAUUGCAAGUGAAACUGGUGAAAGUUUCACUCAACCGGCAUUCAGCGACGGGAACAGGGACGAGGAGGAGGAAGAGGAGGAUGAGGAAAGGGAACAGCACCCACAGACUGAGUGUAGCAGUGAAGCAGACGGAGGGAGAUCUGAAGAUUUUCUGACCGAACCGUCAGCUUCGAUGGUAUCAGAAACUGCGACCAUGAACAGUUCUCUAAGUUUAGUCUUGACUAUGCGUCGCAAACCCGGUGAAGCUCUUGCGUCCUUCGGGUACGUACGGCGACGUGUUGGUAGGCGUCGUGGUCAAAGGUCGAGUGAAUACUACGCCUCGCUCAUUUUUGCAUGUGCGGAAAAUAACCCACAGCUCCUUGCUAAGUUCAUAACUGAAUAUCCGCAUGUCCUUUCAACGGAUGUCAUUAAUUCUAAGACGGGGGAAACGCUUUUGAUGUACCUGCUACGCCGAGCAUCGGAUCUGUAUGUUUUGGAAUGUGGGUUGCGUAAUCUGUUCCUAUGGGAGGGUAAGACCGAUGCUCCUACACCCUCACCAGAUUCUGCCGGGGCGUUACUCUACGACACCCCUCAGACGCACCCCACCGUUGAAUCAGGCAGCACGCCUUACCGCGACCCCCUUACAAUCCCGGGCGUUCGGAUUCUUCUUGGAGUUGUGGAUCAGCUCCUGCGAACAUUCAGUUUCAACAAUCUGCAUUACGAGUGCAAUGGGCAAACCGCCCUAACACUAGCCGCGCGGCUCAGUUGUAAUCCGGCUGUUCGACACAUUGUAAUACAGGGGUGCCAACAAGCGGGGAGUGACACAACAACGGUUGUGCUUAGUUCGCCGUCGAAAAGCUCGACCAAGGUCUUAGGGUGGGGGACGCUAAGCGGAGGCGACAGGAGCCCCGCACGAAUGAGUAGCCCUUGCAAUGAGGGACUCCAGAACGAAUUGCGCAUAUUUAAUUGUUGGAUGUCGCUCUGCAAUUGUUUGUAUUACACCGAAGAAGAUAUGGAGGCUUUGUUUGCAGUUCUACGUCACCUGCCGAGUAGCAUAAGGGUGUCAUUCCUGGGAAUGGUGUACCCUAACUUGCACCCGAUGGUUGCCCUGCGUGUAGCAGUUCUGUACACUAAUGCUAUGAAACGUAUUCUUAUCAAGCCUAUGGUUUCAAGUACUUUUUGGUGCAGCGUAUUCUAUGCCCAGUUUGUUGGACGACUGGAAGAGGAAGUAUUGAGGAAUGGCAAGUGGAACACACUUCUCAGUAUACUACUACCGUGUGCCUCCGCGAUUCCCAUAUACCUCUUGAAAUCAAUGCCAUCAUUUCCAGAGACGUCCCCCGAUGACCUUUUGCCCGGCACUUCACUGGCGAGCGUCACGCCCACGGAACAAAGUACCGAGAGAAUAGCAAGAGGGAGUGUGUUGCAGCAGCCGUCAAACUGGAGAACGAUAAUCAACGGGACAGAGCAGUACAUCAAACAAAUUGCUACAGCAGCUGUAUGUGCUGUGGCACCGGUGCAUCUUACCUCUGGUACACAAAGCUAUAAGAACCUUCCUGCAGUUCGGCAAAGUUUUCUUUCGGAGAUGGCCUCACACUUUCACGAAGUGCUCGAACUGGCAGUGCGCUUUGACAACUGUGCUCUACUUAGUGCACUUAUAAAUAUGCUUCCAGCUGAUCUUUGCCACUGUCUAAAGUUCGAGUGGCGUUGUUUGAUGGAAAAGAACCACCUUCCAGUGAUUGCGGUGACUGCAGGGAGCGUUAACGUGCUAAAGUACCUUGAACGCAUUCCAGAAGCGGGGCGGUAUGUGACCUAUGACCGUUAUGACCGCAUCGACACGGAUACUGGCAUGCCUGAUGACUAUGCUGCAAAUGAACACAAUGCACAGCAGGAUGCAACUCAGCCUCGUCGGCGCUCGAUCAGUCUACCUUCCAUCGCGUUCCUAGGGAGUAACGAAAGGCCCCAAAACACCUUAAGCCCCCACAAGGGCUUAGAUAAGGCAGGCGAUGCUUCGCCGAGUGAGAAGAAGCAAAGCGAGGGUGGACAAUUGAAGGGAUCCAACAGUGGAACGGCGGCGGGUAAUAGUCAAGAAGCCGGUGACACCACAAAGGAAGGGACUCUCCACAGCUGGGAUGUGAUAUCUGCUGUUCAUCAGCGAAAGGCAGUUGGGGCAGUGACGUGGGGUGUAGGCGCGGCCGCCCGUCCGGUGUCCAUGCACAAACAAUCCGUCUCAAAAGAAUCAUCAAACACGACGAUGAAGCUAUCUCGGGGAAGACAGCACGGUGGCGCUACGAGGCGCCGUAGUGCGGGCACCGGCAAAUCGUUUAACGUCACUCCAGCCUCAUCAGCACCCGAUUCGUGGCGUAGCGGUGCAGAUGGAAAGCCGAAGUCAUCGCCAUCGAAACGGAGACUGUCACUGGAGGGGGGGCCGGGAACGGGCGGAACUAGUUUCACUUCGCCCUCGAGAGGUAUGAGGCUUUUCUCGAUAACCCCUGAGGUGCGGGAGCAGCCACGUUACUUCGCGUACUAUCUCUGUGAUUGGGCUCUUCAUACCACCUUACUGCUGCACGCACCAUAUCCGUCAAUGAGAAUGAUAGAGACCCUCCUGCACCUCAUGGACAAUCGGGCUCCCCUCAGUGCAUCCGCGAUACACAUGUUCCUCGCGGCCUCGCGCCCAAUGAAUCACUGGUCCUCUGGCGAAGGUGAACAUAUCACACUUAACUACACCACGCCCACACACGGUGAUACGAUUCUGCAUCUUCUGGUGCAGAACCACCAGAUACAAUUGGCACGGUACUUCCUCGCCGCGGCGCACUGCUUCUUCGCCUGCUACCAAUACGACCAGCCGUCUACCGUUCCGCCGAACUUCCCGGUGAGCAGCGAGAGGGGGACCUGUGGAGACACAGUAGACAGUGACUCUAGAUAUCCUGCCGUGUUCUUGCGAAGCAUGCUGCGCACAAAUAAACAUGGGCUGACAGCUUUUGAUUAUGCCCGGGGGAUGAUGGUGUCGGUACUACAAGAAUACGGAUGUGUUCCACCAACCUACCGCCCCAACCCCCGUGAGUUUUGCCACACCGUUCGGCUCGUUGAUGGCAUGAGUACCUUCCAAAGAGUUCCUCAGCUUCUUCUUGUCUCCCCAGACUUUGUGAAACUGCGUGACAACGUGCGCACAAAUACAAAGCAGCAAGACCCGUCGGUCAAACCAGUUAUCACAGACGCCACGAUACAACGGAAUCAAGCAGCUGCACUCCGCAUCACACGGUCACAUAUCCUCACCACCAUCCUUGCAGAUGAUGUUAGCUUGCUGCACCUUGGCCUCUGUGCUGCGGAUGACGAGCUCGUGCUUGAAAAUAUUGAACGUAGAAGAAGAAAAAGAGCAGCUGAACUUUACCAUCCUGCUGCUGCUUCAGGACGAAGCAUGUCAAGUCCGCGAGGGCCCUCAAUACGGGACCAGCAAGGUGGCAACCAAAGGUUAACUCGCCUUCCGCACAUCGGCGGCGCAGCAGAAACUGCUGCUCGGACGAGUACCCCGGCCAGUGGUGGUCGGAAGGUUGACAAGGAAAUGCACAGCAUGAUGAAACUCAUUGACUCUCUUCAAAAACGUGGUCUUGUUGUAUUCCCGCUGCUACUACCCGCGACAGAAGAUGACAAGAAACGCACGGCAGCAAUACAUAGCAAUGAUGGAUUAGCCCUCCAACUGGCCAUGACACCUAUGACCGUAGCACUCCAACAAGGUGCAGUUAAGCUCGAGGUGGCGACUGUAACUUCCCCCAACCCCACACAACAACAGCAGCAACAACACCGCAGUCCUGUAAGUGCUACCGAGCCCUUGGACAGCAUGUACAACAAUGACGUGCAGGACGCGACAAUAUCACCACGCUCGCUACAGCCUUACACGUUCCCACCGAAAGACACCCCCAGACAGCACCCUGCCAAUAUGCUGGAGGCAUGGUUAGCAAGCAGCAAAAUGCAAAAGGGAGUGCACACCAAAGUAAGCCAGGAGCUACAUCAGAAUACUCAGGCGAUAAUAAGAGUCAUGGAAAAAGGAAACUGUUCUCGGUCAGCAAAACAAAUCGGACUUACUGUGUCAAUGCCGUACGAAAUACGCAACGAAGAAAGCACCACUAAAGAGUCAUUCAGAAAAUAA